AUGGAUGCGGUCCGCGGCCGCCACGACGACGCACUCAAGACCAUCGAGCGUGCGCUCAUCGCGUCGUCGUCGGGCGACCGGCAGGACCGCGUUGAGCUCCGGGUUAACCAGACCGUGCCCUCGCUCGCUGGCCCCGCGCUACGGCCCGACCUCCAGCUGUACAACCACACCAAGAAGACGGUGGCGGUGGUCGACCUGGCCGUGGCGUUCGAGGAGCAGGCGGGCGAGGACCCGGACAGCUCAGCGCUGGCCCGCAUCGCCGCACACAAGCGCGCCAAGUACGACCGCAUCAAGCGCCACCUCGAGCGCCAAGGGUGGAAGGUGCACCUCUCGGCGCUCGUUUACGGCUCGCUUGGUGCGGUCGCCGGUGGCAACCGCUCGGUUUACACCGAGCACCUGGGGCUGCUCAAGCGAGAUGCGAAGCGGCUGGACUGGCAGCUAUCUGCCGCGUGCAUACAGUCCAGCCGUCGCAUCUGGAACCUGCAUUGCAGCCAGCACCGCGCCCGCCAGCACGCACAGCGCCCCAGCCAAGACACCAGGGGCAGUCGGGUGACGGAGACCGGGGGGACUCCGUCGCGCUCCGGCCGCCGCUAG